UGUUCCACCAGUGCUAUAUUCUCUGCUGUCGGAUUCAAAGGCCUUGACUGUGUGUUUGAGAGAACCACCAGCCUGAAGGUCAUGAUGAACCUGCUGGGACUGCCCACUCCUUACCUGGUACCUGGGGUCACUGACCUGUACCCCCACAGUGGAAACCUGGCUGAGACCACCUUCAGGACACCAUGGGUCAGAGGAAAGGUGAUCUCCACUAGCAAGCUCUUUGUCAGUGGUUCUGUGCUUGAUGACCUGGGAGUUAAAGAGCAGUCCGUUUAUUUACCAGAAAGAUAUAAUGUCUCUUUGAGUUGUUUAUAUGAUGCUGUGGAAGUGAUACCCAGCUCUAAUCCUGGCUCACAAAAUAACCUGCACCUGGAUGAUUGUGACUGCCUUGUAAAAGAACUAAAGAUCAACAACCCAUGUCAGGAAUCAUUUUUCAAGUGGCCCACACACCAGAUGAAUCCUGAAAGUAACAACAAAAGUCUCCUCUUUCCUGAAGAAUACAUGGAUGUUGACUAUGUGAAACAGUUUAAGAGACAUUUACCAACACUCAAAUCCAAACUGUCCAGGCUAAGGACACUUCCUGUGUCCGACCCUCUGCUGAGCCUGACAGGUGACAUUAUCUCUGAAGACACCAUACUCAGACAGUGUGCAUUUUAUGAAGUCCCUCCUGAUGUCCAAACCAGUGACAAUAUGACAUCUACAAGGAUUCAUGAGGAGUUUUGUAAAGAGUCACUAUUUGAAACAGAGUCUCUGCUAUUACCUGAUGUUCUGGAAACCGUUAGCCUGGAGCGGGAAAACUGCACUGCCUUUUCAGAUACUUGUGGACAAAUGAUAGCUACUCCUGUACAGCUAAAUGAGGAGCUUUCAAUUCUUAGUAUGCUUCAAGAUGAUUCUUCUAUGUCACUGGAUAUUUUUAAGUUUGAGACACUUGAGGAGCAGAACGAAGACAGUAAACCAACUGGAGAUAUGACAGACUCAGAGUUAGGAGUAAUGCUUCUAUCAGGACGAAUGAUGCUUCCAACUGAACUUGAGCUGGACCUGCCUCUGAGUCAGGCUCCCAGAACCCUCCAAACCAACAUCUGUCUGUCCACUUCUGAACUCCAGAAAGACGAUGUGCAUCUGUACAGCCAAAUAUCUCUGAGCUCAGAAAGAGCUCAGAGGGAGAUGGAGAUGACACUUUGGAGAGCAGAAAAACACCCCACCUAUGUGCUGAGCCUCCUGCUGGCAGAGCCUCAGUUAUAUGGACCAGCUGAUGAUUUUCAGCCUCUGACAGAAGCCCUGAAGUUACUUAAAUCGACAAAACAAAGUUUUGUCAGCAUUGACAAUAAACUGCAUUCACCAACGGGAAGUGGAGUCAGACAGCUUUAUGUGUGCAGCCCCUGUGAAUUUACAGAGAGCAUGACAUCUGAAUUCACCUCUUCAGGGAGAGAUGAUGAAGAGUUCAACAGAGUGUCACCUGAACAUGAAGAGUUUGCCAUCAAAACCAUCCUGAAGAAUCCCACACACCAAUCUCCAUCGCCUCAUCUGAAGAGCUCACAGUCUCCUGCAAUUAAUGUCAAAGUUGUUAAGGAUGAUGACACACAUCCCAAAAAGAAAGCCAAGACACAAGCUAUCGCCGUAUAUAACGGAGAAGGAAACACUGGAAUCCCACAAUUUCCAAACCUUGCUGUUUUCAACAAGAGUAGAAAUAUUGUGGACCAGAUGGGUGUUGAAACCACCUCACCAGUUCAUAAGACCAGCAUCAGACACACUGCAGCUGAUGAACAGGAGAAUCGAUCACAGUUGAGCUCUAUUGAACAGGCUGUUGCCUUCAAAGUGAAUAUGAAAGACACUCACAGAGGUACUGUGGCAGCCAGAUGUCAACCAGACAAAGACCUGGACCCACUGUCCAGUUUCAUCAUGCUGAGAUCCUGGCAGACCACUCCUGUCACAGCAAUACCUCAGAGCUGUACCAUCACUGCAGUUCCAGAGGAAGUUCAACAAACAUCACAGCCUAAGCUGCAGCCUUCAGAUCAGAUGCAAAGACUGGAUAGGAUAUAUGGGGGUGCAGCUGUGUCAGGAAAUGCUACCAGGGAGCACAAAGCGGCUGGUCAGCCAACAGGUCAACUCAUCAGUCAUCCUGUCCAUCAGCACAUCCCUCAGGACAGAGGGGACAGCAGAGUCAUACAGGUCCAAGCUAGCGACAGCCAGCGUCAUGCCUACUAUGAGCUGCUGGCCUUUGCUCAACCCUGCCUGAGCUUUUCCAGGCAGCUGGGGCUCAGUGUCCAGGUCUGGGGAGACUUCAGCUGCCUGGCCUCGGACCAAACCCACUUCCUUCUCAAACAACAGGAGAGGGCGCUCUGCGGGACAAGUUCUCAGAGUACAGAGCUGGUCAGAGAUCGGGAGCUGCUUGUCAGCCAGGUGGCUCUGAUCCAUGUCCUGGUGACGCUCAAGGAGCUGCUGCUUAAGUGUGACCUCAGUGCUGCUGUGGAUUAUCUCAGUAGGAUGGUAGAGGUGUAUGCAGAGAAGAGUCUGAAACAGCUGUUGAAGAAACUUAAGAUCAUCCUCUACCUCAGUCACAAAAACCAGGAGACCAGCAUCAAACUGGUGGAGCUGCAGCGGCUGCUAGACAUGUGGCUGCAAAACAGGAAAGAACAGGAUCUCAAAGACAAAAUUCUUCUCAUAAUAACAGUUGCCACUGAUGACACCAAAUCAGUUAUCAUCAAAAGUCUGAACCAAGUGGCAGGUUUAGAUGUAACUGCACUUUGUCCUGAGGAAAACAAGACCAAACUGAAUGGUGCCACUGUAGUCUGCAGCGUGUGCAACAGUGUGUGUGUGGUGGUGUAUGAGCAGCAUAUAGGCCCUGACUUCCCCUGGCACUGUUUCUCUGUGGUGGUGGAGUACAACCACCCAGGCCAGUCUCCAUGGGCUGCAGUGUGCAGAGAGAGGAAGAUCAGCCACGUCACCUUUAACACCACCCUACCCGACAACGAGAUGGAGAAAACCUCUUGGAGUCUGAAGGACAAUGUUCCUUAUGUGUUGUUUGUGACAGAAGGACUCUUCAAUUGUCCACUGCUGCUGCAGACACUGGAGUCAAUGUUUAACGUUACUGUGCUGGAGAGGAGCCACAGUAUGAGUCUGCAGAUGUUGGGGGGUACUCAUCAAUAUGCUGUGAUCACAGUGGAUGAAAGCACCGCUAUCGUCAUUCAGAAGCAGGAUGAGCUAUGUGAGGACCAGGCCAGUGAGGGAUUAGUGAUGAGGCUGAGCGCUCUCUCUCUGCAGUACAGCUCCUGCUGGCUCAUCCUGCACUGCCCAGACAGACAGGGAGGUUUAUCCAGGGAGGCUUUCAGCAACUUAGUGCUGGUUUAUUCAUCUCUGGUGCUCUUUGGCAUGAAGUCUGAAGAUUUAGAAGUAAAGGUGCUGAUGGUGUCAGAGGUGGUGGAAAUGGCAAAGUGGAUCUGUGAGAUCUGCUUCCACAGCCUGAUGGCCAGUGACAGGGACCCAGUCAGCUUCCUGGACAGAGACUGGCUGAGUGUGAUGGUAUCGCAGGAAGAACAGUGUUUGUUGCAGUUCCCUUGUAUUAACCCUCUGGUGAGUCAGCUGAUGCUGAGGCGAGCACCGACCUUACGGUGGCUCCUAGGGGCCUCACUGUCUCAGCUCAAGGACCUGCUCCCUGAAGUGCCAUAUAAAGUCCUCAAGCUUUUUAGUGACACCACCUCUCUGUACACACAAACAACAGCCCCAAAUGGGUUAGAGCACCAGGCAGCAAUCACUGACACCGACCCCCGAAUUGGGCCAAAAACCAGCCGCUGGAUCUAUACACAGGACUCUGACCCUGAACUUGAUCCGUUCUGCAAUCAGGAUACUAGCUUCCUUUAUGGGGCUGAGAGUUCCCAGGACAGUUUCUGCAAAUCAGAAUCAGCAUACCAGGAAUCUCAUUUCAGGCUGGACCUGAGCUCUUCCUCCAGCAGUCCAGAUACUAACUUGCAAAGGUGGCCCACUCCUGAUCUGUGGAAGGAUGAGCGGUGCAAAGCGGAGCUGGAGUGUUCAGGCUGGAGCAGCAGAGGUGGAACAGUUGGGAAAACUGUUGAGAGCGAUCAGAGGCCUCCAGCGAUCAACACCAACCUACAGUUUGUACACAGCAGCUACUACAGCCCAUUCAAACCAGAGUCCACCCUCAGUUACAGCCCAGUCCUGCAGCAGAACGUUGUCAGCAAACAUCUUAUUUCCCACAGUCUGAGCUCGUCUCCUGCAGCGGUCACACUGUGGGGUUGUCCGAGCAGUGAGGUCACGACGAGGAGAACCUCAGCUCAGUAUGGCUCUAAAUGCUUGGCAGGAAGAGAGAAGAAGAGGGGUGGAGAGGUCCUGGACCUGGCUGGUACAGACCUGACGCCACUGAAGAGGCAAAGACUGAGGUAUGAGAGAGUGCCAGGAAGAAGUGACGGACAGACAAGACUCAAAUUAUUUUAAGCAUAAAUACUUUGUUGUUGUUUGUAAAGACAAAAGAGCAUCCUUCGUAAAUGUUAACAUUUUGUAAAUGUUCACGUUCAAUUAAUGAAUACUCUGCCUGGUUAAGUUUCAGUGCCACACCAAGUCUCCCACUUUUCUCAUAAAUGUGUUGAACAAAUACAGUUUUAGACAAGAGGAGAUACUCACUUUUUCCAGUUUGUUUUUUUCAACAAGAUAGAAGCAAAGUUUAAAUCUAGGAUUUUCACGGCCACACUGAGAAGUAAAGAAAAAAACUCAUAAUAUUUUGAAGGACUUGUCAAGACUGGUUUUCUGUGAGGAAAAUGGCUUUACUUGGUAUUGAUCACAAUUCCCAGUUGAACGUAGUGUUUGCUGUUUGUAUUUCAUAAACAGAGGUUUGUUUACUGAAAUAAAAAAUAUUCAUACAUUGUUUUCUUAUAUAAUGAUAAAUGAUUCUCAGAAUAUACACAAUCUAGUCAAUUCUGGUGUUUAUUCUAGUGUUGAAAGGCUGUGUGGUGGAAGUUAGACUGUUUAAAGUUCACUAUUAUUAAAAAAAUGUAAAAAGUACAGAUAUAAGUGUGUAAAAUGCUGAAUAUAGGCUGUCGGGGUCUAACUGAAUAAACUAGUACCAUGUACCAUUUACCUUUAGUGUACUUUUUAAAACUAUUCAAGUAAAUACUACAAAAAAAUAAUAAG